CUCACGGAGAGCCGCACAGUGCGCAUGUCCGCCGGAGCAGACAGACGUCCACAUCCCGUCCGUCCUCGCCCCGUUUGAGGACUUUCUGCCGGACAUGAACAGCGUCGGGGAGGCCUGCACGGAGCUGAAGCGGGAGUACGACCAGUGCUUCAACCGCUGGUUCGCCGAGAAGUUCCUGAAGGGGGACCGGAGCGGCGACCCGUGCACCGACAGCUUCCGGAAGUACCAGCGCUGCGUGCAGAAGGCCAUCCGGGACAAAGACAUCCCGAUCGACGGGGUGGACUUCAUGGGCCCCAGCAAGGACAAACCCGAGAGCUGAUCGCAAUGUGCCCUUAUCGAUCCGUCGAUCCAUCGAUCCACACGCCGUCCCCCACCGUGGAGGCCCCACUGAGCAUGCGCAGAGGCAGGCCUGAUGGCGCAGUGGGAAGAGGAGUUAAACUGAUCCCAGAACAGUUUCAUUAAGUUUCAUCUGCUGCUGCUUCUGUUGUUUCUCUGUGUUGACCAUGAAGAAUGUGCUGCUGGUAGAGGCCAUUAAUCAAUUAUAAUCAAUUAUAAUCGAUUAGAAUCAAUUAUAAUCAGUUGUAAUCAAUUAUAAUCGAUUGUAAUCGAUUAUAAUCAAUUAUAACUCAAUUAUAAUCGAUUACAACUGAUUAUAAUCAAUUAUAAUCAAUUAUAAUCAGUUAUAAUUGAUUAUAACUCGAUUAUCAUCAGUUAUAAUCAAGUUAUAAUCAAUUGUAAUCGAGUUAUGAUCAGUUAUAAUCGAUUAUAAUCGGUUGUAAUCGAUUAGAACUGUGUCUGGUCGCUGCUCCUCUGUCUCGGUGAGAUCACUCUGUUCUGGGUUUUUGGACACUAACGAGACGUCUCUCUCUGUUUUCAGACAUUUUAUAAACUAAAAGAUGAACUGGAAUAAUAACGAUCACAUCGAUCAACGAAUGUUCCUUUUCACUUGUUUCUGUUUGAGUUUAUUGAACAUGAGUGUUUGCUGCCGGUAGCGUCGAUUAAUCAAUAAUCGUUGCAGUCAUUAAACGAGUAAACACAGAUUAUUGUUUUUGUCUCAGCGAGCUCCCUCUGUUCUGGGUUUUGAACACAAACGAGACAUUUGCAGAUGUUAAUAACCAUUACAUCAUUCAACGGAAAAACAGCUAACCAGGUCAGAGGUCAGUUGGGAAGCAGCGCUGCACAACCAUGUUUCCUCUUUAAAUUCCUGUCACAUGUGGCUACAUUAUUUAUUAUUUUUAUUAUUUAGUUUCUGUGAAAGAAAUUGAACUUUUUAAUUGUGCUGCAUUCAUGUAAAACACAGUAAAGUUAAAAAGGGUCAACAGCUGUAAUCAUGGCGCUACUGUCCUUAAAAUAAAUGAGGACAGAUGUUUUCUUUCCCCUGAGUGAAGCCUCUCAGGAGACAGGUCUGAAGAAUUGGCUGGAUUAAUAAAGUUUCUUGAAUACA